AUGGGUAACGCUUCAUCAUCAUCAUCCAAAAGUAAAAAAAACAAUGGCAAUAAUAACAAUUGUAAAAACGCAUGUAAUAAUAAGAAAAAAACUACAAAUGAAUGCAAUAACAAAAAAGAAGUUGGUCCAAAAAAUUAUAAAUUAAUUGUACUUGGUUCAUCUGGUGUUGGUAAAACAUCCUACUCGUUCAGAUUUGUUUCAAAUAUUUUUAUUACCGAAUAUGACCCAACAGUCGAAGAUGCCUACAAAAAAGACUAUACCUAUGACGGAAAAGAAAUGAAAUUAGAAAUUAUCGAUACUGCUGGUCAAGAAGAAUAUAGUAGUGGCGUUAUGGAUAAAUCCAUUAGAUGCGGCGAUGGAUUUGUUUUAGUCUACAGUAUCACAAGCAGAGAAAGCUACCAAAAAAUUAAAGAUCUCAGAGAAAAAAUUCUUUGGGUCAAAGAUAAGGAAAAGGUCCCAAUGAUCAUUGUCGGUAAUAAAUCAGAUAUUGAAAAAGAUAGAAAAGUAACUAAAAGCGAAGCUCGUGCCUUAGCUGAAGAAUAUGGUUGUAAAUAUAUAGAAACUUCUGCAAAAACAAAUACAAAUAUUAGCGAAUCGAUGGAUUUCUUAUUAAAAGAUAUUUUAUUUAACGAAUCAAAAGAAAAAGAAAACAAAUAA